AUGUCUAGCCGCCGUGGAAGGAUCACCGACGAGGAGAUCAACGAGCUCAUCUCCAAGCUGCAGGCUCUCCUCCCGGAGUCCUCCCGCCGCCGGACCGCGAGCCGGUCGUCGGCGUCGAAGCUGCUGAAGGAGACGUGCGGCUACAUCAAGAGCCUGCACCAGGAGGUGGACGACCUCUCCGACCGGCUGUCGGAGCUCAUGUCCACGCUGGACGACAACAGCCCCCAGGCCGAGAUCAUCCGGAGCCUCCUCCACUAG